AUGUCGAUACCAGCAGCUGCAGUGAAGAAGUCAGUCUUAAUCUCCGGAGGAAGUAUAGCCGGACCAGCAUGUGCAUUCUGGUUAAACAAGUAUGGAUUCAAGACUACCAUCGUGGAGAGAUGGCCUGAAUUGAGACCUGGGGGACAAAGUAUAGACGUCGCUCAUUAUGGGCUAGAAGCCAUCAAACGUAUGAACCUUCAAUCCGAGCUCGAAGCCCGCUUCACAGGCGAAAAGGGAACGACCAUCACCGAUCUUCAUAACGUCCCCUACAUGUCUUUGCCAGUGGGACACGGUCCAACGAACGAAACUGAGAUUCUCAGAGGUGAUUUUGCCGAUAUGCUUUAUCAACAGACCAAGCAAACUACUGAUUGGAGGUUUGGAGAUUACGUUACGAGUAUCCAAGAGGAAGAACAAGGAGGGAAUGGAAAGGUAAAAGUUGGAUUUAAGAGUGGUAAAGAGGAAGAAUACGAUUAUCUAAUAAUCGCUGAAGGAGCUAGAAGCUGGACGAGAAAGCUGGUGAUGAAGGAAGAGGCAGAGGUGAAAUAUAAACCUAUUGGUUGUUACAUCGCCUAUUUCAGUAUUCCCUUCACUCCCUCUACGCCCUACCAAGACCAAUGGCAUAUCAUCAAUCUCCCACAUCAGCGAGCCAUCUACUUCCGACCAGAUUUCAAGAACCAAACCCAACGUGCAGGAGUGAUGUUUCUGACUCCAGAAUCAAAAGGGUACGAAAAACUAUCUGCUACAGAACAGAAAGAAGUCAUCAAAGAUAUCUAUAAAGAUGGUGGUGAAAAUGCUAAGAGGAUGUUGGAACAUAUCGAUCAAAGUGAUGAUCUCUAUUUCGAGUAUCUCGUUCAGGUUCACGCCGAUAAGUGGAGUACGAAAUCCGGACGAAUCUACGUAGUGGGCGAUUCAGCAUGGUGUGGAACUCCCAUGAUCGGAAUGGGUUGUUCGUUAUCUGUUGCCGGAGCUUAUAUCCUUUCUGGAGAACUGGCCAAACACAUCAACGAACCGAAGACGGCCGCAGAGGAAUAUGAAAGAUUAUGGAGACCUACCGUUACCGAAGCUCAAAAAUUACCACCUGGUAUACCCCGUAUACUUUUCCAGGAGUCGGAUUGGGGUGUUAAAGUGUAUUUGAAUAUCAUGACUGUCGCAGGAUGGGUAUUCGGCUCGAGGAUCGUCCAGUAUAUUAUACCUUAUCUAUCAAGCGGUUGGACAAAAAUGUUUCCUUCGGAAGAAAGUAAGAUGCUACCUGAGUAUGGUGAAUAUAUAGUGAAGGGUGACGAGACCAAUAAGGUUGCUGAUCGAUAG